AUGAAGAGCAUCAGUCUCGUUUCCUUGGCUUUCUGGUCGGCGCUCGGCUCGUGUGCUGCGUAUACGGGUAGAACUGAGCCGGAACCAGUGUCCCACCGAUUCAACCGAAGACAAGCAGUCAGUCCCUCGUCUGGCAACGAUACUGCCCCAGAUAACGACUAUGUUAUGGGCGCACUCCCAGGGGGACAGGGGAAAUCCACUAUCGAUAAACUUCUAGCCCAGCAUGCCGACGGCGCUGAUAUCGCUACCCUCUUGAACCCUCCCCACGCUGGCAAAGUCCCCGACCCACCCAACGCCGCCCCCCGCCGGCAACCCCUUACCCCCCGCAUCGAAUUCUGGCACCCCAACUCCAAAACCGUCAAGCUCCGCUACGGGCCUUACAACGUGCCUAACAUGACGGAAACCGGCAACUUCGGCGGCCACGGUGGAAUGCUGUACAACUACCCGGACCUCAAUAUCGACAAGCCGUGCGAUGACUGCCGCAUCGUCGGGGUGAACGCGGACCUCGAAUACGCGGACGGGUCGUCUGCUAAUGUGACGAAUGGCAUGUGGCUGCACCACUACGUGCAUUUCGUGGUCGGAGAGGGGCGAACGGACGCGACGUGCGGGGGCGAGGAGGUGAGUCUUCCGCACAAGAUCAUUGGGGAGACGCCGAGGAAUGCGGAACGGUUCUUCUCGAGCGGGAACGAGAAGACGUUGGCGGCGUUCUACGGGGCGAGUCGGAUCGCAGGGUAUCGGCUGCGGGAGGAGGAUCAGAUGGCGGUGAUCGUGGACUUUAUGAAUGAGAAUAUGGAGGAUAAGGUGGUGUAUUUGACGGUGACGUAUGAUUAUGUCGAGGGGGAUCCGGAGGGGUAUGCGGAUGUGAGGCCGAUUUGGUUCGAUAUUGUGAAGUGUGGGACGAGUGAGCUCCCAUCUCCUCGUGACUCCGACUCUUUCGAAAUCACCUCUCCCCCAUGGACACCCGACUUUGACGCCGAAAUCAUCGGCUUCGGCGGCCAUCUCCAUGACGGUGGCACGUCGGUCAUCGUAUCCGUCGACGGGCGGUCGAUAGGAGUUUCCAACGCGUCGUAUACCGAGUACACCGUUGCCGUGCCGGACCACGAUCCCAAUCGCGGGGAGACGGGCCACGGCCACGGCUCUAACCAGACCACACAUCUCAGUGGGAUGUCGCCGAUAAUCGGCACCGAUCUAAUUGAGAGGGAGUUGGCGAAAGGGCAGAAAUGGGAGAUCAAGGCGACGUAUGACUAUGGGCUGUAUGAACCCGAGAGGGGAAUGGAUGGAGCGCUGGAGAAUAUCAUGGGUAUCGCGAUUAUGUUUGUGAUUCCUGACACUUGACCUGGAGCUGGACUCAAGGUGCGUUGCGGGUAAUCGUGGGUUUGAUUAAAGGAAUAGCCACGAGCAACUUUUUUGCUUUGGUACAACCCCAUUUCAGUCCAAUACUACCCGAAGGCGUCACGAUAAUAGUUCCACUGCGUAAGGUGACACGAAGGUGACACGAAGAUAUGGGUCGGAGACGCGUCGAGGUCAUUAACGAGGAUCUCGCGAUCCAACCCGCGGUGCCUAGAUAUAUCGCCAUAGCCCAAAAAACUCGCCUUAAACCCCAUUUCGUUAGAGUAUUCAAUAUACCAAUAAGAUAUUCCGGAUAUUAUUGAUUUGCACAUGGUUAUUGCACAUGGUUGCGGAGUGCUCC